ACACAAGAAAAAAAAUUUAUUUAGGAGAAAACAAGACAUCGCCUAAGCAGCUAAGCUUGGAGGUCGACGGUCAGUGGAGGUCGCCGCCAGCCGGUCAGUGGAGGUCGCCGGCGGAGAGUGAAGAAGCCAGAAAGUGGAUCCGAGGAGACGUGGAGUUCGCUUCUUUCUUCUCUCGCAGAGUCGCAGUCUUGUUCUUUCUUCUUCGCAGUAGCUCCUUUCUUCUUUAUUCGUUAGGGUAAAUGGAAUGGCGGUUGUUACGGCGGUUCGAGACUAUGUCAAUCGCAUGCUUCAGGACAUUUCUGGAAUGAAGGUCCUCAUUCUCGACUCCGAUACGGUGAGUAUUGUGAGUGUGGUGUAUAGUCAAUCAGACCUUCUUAAGAAGGAAGUGUUUCUUGUGGAGCUGCUGGAUUCUACUUCUAUGUCCAAGGAACCGAUGUCGCAUCUUAAAGCAGUCUAUUUUCUGAGGCCAACAUCGGAGAAUAUUCAGCAAAUGAGGCGUCAAUUGGCUAAGCCUAGGUUUGGAGAAUAUCACCUUUUUUUCUCAAACAUAUUGAGAGAUACUCAGAUUCAUAUUUUAGCAGAUUCAGAUGAACAUGAAGUGGUGCAGCAACUGCAGGAAUUUUAUGCAGACUUUGUUGCAGUUGACCCCUACCAUUUCACUCUUAAUAUGGCAUCAAACCAUAUGUACAUGCUUCCGGCAGUUGUUGAUCCAUCUGGUUUGCAACGUUUUUGUGAUAGAGCGGUUGAUGGACUUGCUGCUCUAUUUCUUUCUUUAAAACAAAGGCCUGUUAUUCGAUAUUCACGGACAUCUGAUAUUGCAAAAAGGGUAGCACAAGAAGCAGCGAAACUGAUGUACCAGCAGGAAAGUGGUCUUUUUGAUUUCAGACGGUCAGAAGUUUCUCCUUUGUUGCUAGUAAUUGACAGGAGGGAUGACCCUGUUACUCCAUUACUUAAUCAAUGGACCUAUCAGGCAAUGGUUCAUGAAUUAAUAGGUAUCCAAGACAAUAAGGUAGAUCUUAGAAGAAUCGCCAAGCUUCCUAAGGAUCAGCAGGAGGUUGUACUGUCAUCAGAGCAAGAUUCAUUUUUCAAAGCUAAUAUGCAUGAAAACUUUGGAGACAUAGGAAUGAAUAUUAAAAAGAUGGUGGAUGUUUUCCAACAAGUUUCAAAAAGUAAUCAGAACAUCCAGACUAUAGAGGAUAUGGUUAAAUUUGUAGACAACUAUCCAGAGUACAGAAAAAUGCAUGGCAAUGUUUCAAAGCAUGUAACCCUGGUUACUGAAAUGAGCAAGUUAGUUGAAGAAAGAAAACUAAUGUUAGUUUCACAAACAGAACAAGAAUUGGCGUGCAAUGGUGGACAGGGAGCAGCAUUUGAGGCUGUAACGAAUCUGCUAAACGAUGAAAGUAUUUCUGAUAUUGACCGGUUACGGCUCGUCAUGCUGUAUGCUUUGCGCUAUGAGAAGGAGAGCCCUGUUCAACUCAUGCAGUUGUUUAACAAAUUGGCUUCUCGAUCUCCAAAGUACAAACCUGGGCUUGUGCAGUUUCUAUUAAAGCAGGCUGGAGUUGAUAAACGAACUGGGGAUCUCUAUGGAAAUAGGGAUCUCCUUAAUAUUGCAAGAAAUAUGGCUCGUGGGCUUAAGGGAGUUGAGAAUGUGUACACCCAGCAUCAGCCUCUUCUGUUCCAAACCAUGGAGAGCAUUAUUAAAGGGCGUUUGAGAGAUGUUGACUACCCUUUUGUUGGGAAUCACUAUCAGCAAGGCAGGCCACAUGACGUGGUAAUUUUCAUUGUUGGUGGGACCACAUAUGAGGAGUCACGCUCUGUUGCUUUACAGAAUUCUACAAUUUCUGGCAUUCGUUUCAUACUCGGUGGUUCUGCAAUUCUUAAUUCUAGGAGAUUUUUGAAGGACCUCGAAGAAUCCCAGAGAAUUGCUCGGACAAGCACCAGUGUGGUUUAAAAGUUGCAGUUCUAAGGAGACGCAUAUACAGGCAAGGCAAGAAGCUGGUAUGUUUUGUGUUUUGACGCAUUUGGCUCAGGAAUCAAACAUGGAAUAUCAGUUGUGAAAAUUAUACUAUACUCGCACCUAGAAGCUAUCUUUUGAGCAUCAAAGUUUGUAUGUAAUCUUUUUUUGUCUACAACUGUACAACAUCAUUGCUCUUCCAAUAAGCUUUCCAAAUAUUAGUUGCUAGUGUGGCGGAGAGGGUAGGGGAUAGAAAAUCCAUUGUGUGAGAUUUGCAGAGAAUUUGUAAUUGUGGUAAAAUGUUACGUACUGAGGAAAUGGGAGUUCUUUCUUUUUGUUUCC